AUGGACACGCAACCUCCUCCGCCAUCGCUCACGAACCCGCGUUUUACCUUGGAACUAGAAUUUGUUCUGUCCCUUGCCAAUCCCUACUAUCUAUCUCACCUCGCCGUUAAUUUCCCCAACCUACUCGGCACCUCCACAAUUGACAAAGGUGACGAUGAAAGCAGCGGUGAAUCGACGGCCGUCUCGAGGGAGGCACAGGCCUUCCACGCCUACCUUGCCUACCUCUACUCCUAUUGGAAAACACCGGAAUACGCGCAGUUCUUGACCCAUCCCGGUGCCACCUUACGAGCUCUACGAUUGCUUCAAGAAGAGUCCUUUCGACGGGAUAUCAUUAGACCCCAGGUGAUCGAGAGCUUGUUAGCUGGAGAUGCGGACUUGCAAGCAGCCGCAGUGGAGAACAUACAACCUUCGACCGAGGAUAGCAACGGAGUUCAAGCAUCAUGA